AUGCAGUAUGGUGGCCGGGAUAUCCAAGAGGAGAGGGGAAGAGCUAUGGGGAGGUUAUGGAGGGAGGUGGGUGGCAGUGGUGCCCCUGUCCCUAGCUGUCCCCCCCCAGACGCCAUGGUGUGGCCACACGCAGUGGGGCAGGUACAGGAGCUGGCUGUGCACUGCUACUGCUGCUGUGUGCCAAUGGUGCCCUUUGGCAUAGGCACUGGGGCUGCCGGUGCUGCCUGUGCCCAGCCCCUGUGUGCCCCAUGGCAGAGUGGCAUCUGCUUUGACCUGACCUGCAUAGAUGCCAUGGAACUGAGCCUUGAGGACUUUCUGGUGGCAGUAGAGCCCGGUGUCACCUGCAAGGCCCUCAACAGCCACCUACAGGGCACUGGGCUCUGGUUCCCUGUUGACCCUGGUGAGAAUGCCUCACUACGUGGCAUGACGGCCACGGGCACCUCAGGCACCAACAUGGUGUGUUUUGGCACCAUGCACCCCAAUGUGCUGAACCUGCAUGUGGUACUGUCAGACAGGUGUCUCCUCCACACUGCGGAUGCCAGGUGCCAGCCCAGGAAGAGGGUGGCUGGCUAUGACCUGACCUCACUGUUCAUGGGCUCCAGGGGCACCCUGGGCUUCCUCACACAGGCCAUGCUACACCUGCACCCCCUGCUCGAGGCUAGCGCUGCCACUGCCUUCCCCAGCAUACAGGCAGUCAUGGAUUGCACCGUGCAGGUCCUUCAGACUAUUGCGCUUGUGGCACACAUUGAGUUCCUGGAUGAGUUGAUGGUGAGUACCUGCAGCCGCUUCAACAGCAUGGAGCUGCCGGUGGUCCUCAUGCUGUUCCUGGAGCUCCACGGCUCCUGGCACAGCUUGGCCAAGUAG